UAUACUUUAUACUUUCAAUUUUAAAUUUAAAGCUGAUUUAAGGUAUUUUUAUUAAAAUUUAUUUUUUAGUCUUUGCUUUUAGAUCGUUAAGAACAUCUAUAUAAAAGUUUUAUUUAUAAAUUAUUUUUCAUUUGUAAAUAUGUGAUAGGGCUUAAGUCUCGCAGAAUAUCAGGUCGCAGUUUGUAUGUUUCAUUCAGAGUUGCUUGACAUCACCCGCUGAACAUUCUUUUUAAUGUCAAAACAUCUCAUUAUAGUUCGUGCAAUAUUCCCCUCCUAGAUUCCUUUAGUCUCCGGGUGAACCUUCCACGUAUGUUUCUUUAGCGACAGGAUUCAGCGCGCAAUGGUAAAAGAAAGGAGCUCCUAUAUCUUUUGGGUCAAAUGACCGAAUGAUCAACGGUGUGUGGACAAACUCUAGAUAAGAUUACUGACGAGUUAAUGUGACAUGUAUAAUAUUGUAAAGACUAACCCUUCAUUCCAUUCCCCUGACAGGCCGUUCCUAACCCUUAUAAGCUGAACUUGCUAUUUAAAUGCCAGAAGCAGGACUAUUUGCCAUGGAUUCGUGGAAUGUCAAUCCUAGGCAUUUCUUAAUUCUCAAAAACUGUUGCUAGUCUGCUGUAAAUCCUAAACAUCUGCAUUAUUUACUUGCAUGUCACGACCCAAGCUGCAGCUCAGCAAUUUCUUACUGCUCCUAAUGCAUGUCUAAAGAAAUUAAGGAAUGGCUAUAUAUACGAGCGAAACAUAGGUGAUCUAUCUCCUUCAGGCCACAGAUUGACAGAUGGAUUGGUCAUCAUCUGCUUUCACCUGCAUCGCCGCCUUCCUCCUCUUGUCGCCGGCGUUGUGCGCCGCCGACGACCGGAUUGUCUCCGGCAAGCCACUCUCCCCCGGCGCCGCUGUCAUCUCCGAUGGCGGCGACUUCGCCUUGGGCUUCUUCGCCCCAUCUAACUCAACUCCGGCGAAGCUGCACCUCGGCAUAUGGUACAACAACAUCCCACGGCGCACCGUGGUUUGGGUCGCCAACCGGGCAACUCCGAUCAUCGUUAACGGCAGCUCUAACUCCUCGUUGCCUUCUCUUGCCAUGACCAACACAUCUGACCUUGUCUUGUCCGAUGCCAGCGGACAGAUUGUUUGGACCACGAACCUCACCGCCGUAGCGAGCUCCUCCUCGUUGUCGCCGUCACCGUCGACGGCCGUGCUCAUGAACACGGGCAACCUCGUCGUUCGGUCGCAGAACGGCACCGUGCUGUGGCAGAGCUUUAGCCAGCCGACGGACACGCUGCUCCCCGGCAUGAAAGUGAGGCUCAGCUACCGGACGCUCGCCGGCGACCGGCUGGUUUCAUGGAAGAGCCCCGAGGACCCCUCGCCGGGCAGCUUCUCCUACGGCGGCGACUCAGACACGUUCGUCCAGUUCUUCAUAUGGAACGGUUCGCGCCCGGCGUGGCGCGCCGGCGUCUGGACGGGGUACAUGGUGACGUCGAGCCAGUUCCAGGCCAACGCCAGAACGGCGGUCUACCUGGCACUGGUCGACACCGACAACGACCUAUCCAUUGUGUUCACCGUAGCCGACGGCGCCCCGCCCACGCAUUUCCUGUUGAGCGACUCCGGCAAGCUACAGCUCCUUGGCUGGAACAAGGAAGCAUCCGAAUGGAUGAUGCUCGCCACAUGGCCGGCCAUGGAUUGCUUCACGUAUGAGCACUGCGGCCCGGGCGGCUCCUGCGACGCCACGGGCGCCGUCCCGACGUGCAAGUGCCUGGACGGGUUCGAGCCAGUGAGCGCGGAGGAGUGGAACAGCGGCCUGUUCUCCCGUGGCUGCCGACGAAAGGAGGCGCUGCGAUGCGGCGGCGACGGGCACUUCGUGGCGCUGCCGGGCAUGAAGGUGCCUGACAGGUUCGUGCACGUCGGGAACAGGAGCCUCGACGAGUGCGCGGCGGAGUGCGGCGGCGACUGCAACUGCGUGGCGUACGCUUACGCGACCCUGAACAGCAGCGCUAAGUCAAGGGGUGACGUGACGAGGUGCUUGGUUUGGGCCGGCGACGGCGAGCUCGUCGACACGGGCAGGUUGGGUCCCGGGCAGGUCUGGGGCACCGUCGGUGCCGGCGGCGACAGCCGUGAAACACUCUACCUUAGAGUGGCAGGCAUGCCAAAUUCAGGUAAAAGGAAACAGAGAAAUGCAGUGAAAAUUGCAGUGCCAGUGUUAGUGAUUGUCACCUGCAUUUCCCUUUCAUGGUUCUGCAUCUUCAGAGGUAAGAAAAGGAGCGUGAAAGAACACAAGAAAUCACAAGUUCAGGGAGUACUGACAGCUACUGCCCUUGAACUUGAAGAAGCAAGCACAACCCAUGACCAUGAAUUUCCAUUUGUAAAAUUUGAUGAUAUUGUGGCUGCAACAAACAACUUCUCCAAAUCAUUCAUGGUUGGACAGGGCGGUUUUGGUAAAGUUUAUAAGGGGAUGUUACAAGGUUGUCAAGAGGUUGCUGUGAAAAGGCUAAGUAGAGACUCUGAUCAAGGAAUAGUGGAGUUUAGAAAUGAAGUCACUCUGAUUGCUAAACUACAACACCGAAAUUUGGUUCGACUUCUCGGUUGCUGCGUUGAGGGACAUGAGAAAUUGUUAAUUUACGAGUACUUGCCAAAUAAAAGCUUGGAUGUCGCCAUUUUCAAGAGUGAAAGAGGUGUAACACUAGACUGGCCAGCAAGGUUCAGAAUAAUCAAAGGUGUUGCUAGGGGCCUUGUUUAUCUACAUCAUGAUUCAAGGUUGACGAUUAUUCAUAGAGAUCUCAAAACUAGUAAUGCUUUGCUGGACUCGGAGAUGAGGCCCAAAAUAGCAGACUUUGGUAUGGCACGCAUAUUUGGUGACAACCAACAGAAUGCCAAUACUAGAAGAGUUGUUGGAACAUAUGGCUACAUGGCUCCUGAAUAUGCAAUGGAGGGAAUGUUUUCUGUCAAGACUGACAUCUAUAGCUUCGGUGUCUUACUCUUGGAGGUUAUCAGUGGUGUGAAAAUAAGCAAUAUUGAUCGCAUUAUGGACUUUCCUAACCUUAUAGUCUAUGCAUGGAGCCUUUGGAUGGAAGGGAGGGCAAAGGAGCUGGUAGACCUGAAUAUCACCGAGAGCUGCACUCUGGAUGAGGCCUUGCUUUGCAUUCAUGUAGGGCUCUUGUGUGUUCAGGAAAAUCCUGAUGACAGGCCACUCAUGUCUUCUGUUGUGUCCAUCUUGGAGAAUGGAAGCACCACACUGCCAACCCCAAAUCACCCUGCAUAUUUUGCUCCAAGGAAAAAUGGGGCAGAUCAGAGAAGAGACAAUGUCUUCAACUCUGGGAAUGAGAUGACUCUUACAGUUCUGGAGGGGAGAUAGAGCAACUAUUCAGUUUUAAUUGCAGAAUUGUUGUCUAACAAAAUGCCAGGAAUAUACUUGACAUGCAUUUUUUUUUGUAAGUUGUAUUAGCCUAAUCUUGACAAUAAUAUCUUGUACCAGGUAUAUAAAGGUCAUCUUCUAAAAAUGAAAGCUUUCAA